AGUUAGUUGAUAGAGGAAUCAUUUUCUCUAGUGGAAAAACUGGUACCCCUGCGAAGCCCACAAACAUGAUUUUUUUUGCGGUCCAUCCAAUAACCAUAAAACUGCUGGGUAGGGAGGAGAAGGCACCACGAACUAAAAAUAAGAAGACUUUUCAAGGGUAAAAGGUGACCUGUUUUGUAGGACGUUGUCCUCUUAAGUACUAUAUUAGAAAUUUAUUCAUUUCCUUGCAGUGCAAGCUUCUACCACGCCAACUGUGUCCUAUAUAACCUUGUACUAUUUUACUUAUCAUUUCCUCGACAAAUGCUAAUCUUUGUUUAGUCUAGGCUACGUUUUAGAGCCAUCCAUUUCUUCUUGCCCCAUGUCUCGCUCUCUCUUCUUCCUCUCUCUCCUCCUCUCUCUCCUCCUUCUAACAGCCGGGCACAGUGGCCACUACGACGACGCCGACGGUGACGCCUCAAAAAUUAAUCUCCGUUCGACAUCCUUAAUCCUGGUUAAGAUAUGGUGCUUGAUAUUGAUCUUUAUUGGCACUUUCAUUGGAGCGGUGUCCCCCUACUUUUUGAAGUGGAACGAGGGGUUCUUGGUGUUAGGGACUCAGUUUGCUAGCGGUGUGUUUCUGGGGACUGCUUUGAUGCACUUCUUGAGCGAAGCAAGUAAGAGCUUUGAGCAUUUGACAGAAAAGGAGUACCCUUUUGCUUUCAUGCUGGCCUGUGCUGGUUAUUUGUUGACGAUGCUUGCAUAUUCUAUCAUUUCUUAUGUUUAUAGCAAAGAUGUGGCCAGCCAGGUUAAUGUUGGCGAUGUAGAGCUUCAAGGGGGUGUUCUGCAGGGAAAAAGAAGCCACACCAGCAGUUUCCAGUCACAUUUUCAGAUGCACAAUGGUACAGAUGCUGCCUCUGCAAAAUCCACUCUCCCAACUGCCAGUUCAUUUGGGGACACCAUUUUGUUAAUAUUUGCAUUGUGUUCCCACUCUGUCUUCGAGGGCAUUGCAAUAGGAGUUGAAAAGACAAAAGCCAAUGCCUGGAGAGCUUUAUGGACUAUCUCUUUGCAUAAGAUAUUUGCAGCAAUUGCAAUGGGCAUAUCUCUCCUUCGAACGAUCCCAGAUCACCCCUUUGUAUCAUGUGUUGCCUAUGCUUUUGCAUUUGCCAUUUCAAGUCCUGUUGGCGUGGCCAUUGGGAUUAUAAUAGAUACCACAACUCAGGGUCAUGUGGCAGAAUGGAUCUUUGCUAUAACAAUGGGACUGGCAUGUGGUGUGUUCAUCUAUGUAUCAAUCAACCAUCUUUCAACCAAAGGCUACCAUCCCCAGAGAUCAGUUUUAGUUGAUACGCCGCUUUACAAGUUCUUAGCCGUAUCAUUGGGGAUCGGAGUAGUUGUUGUUGUGAUGAUAUGGGGUGAAAAAAAAGGAAGGUAGAUGCCUACUUGGAUGUCUGCUGUUGACUUUUUGAAAGUCUGUUGUUGUCUUGUUGGAAGUAUGUUGUCUUUUGCUCCACAUGAGUGCAGAGCAUGGGUGGUGGUAGAAUACAAGCUCUAUCACAAGCUAUUACUAGAAAAAAAUAAGUUUUGCCAGAUUGGCAGGACACAAUCUAUAAGUACAGGCAUCAUUAAAGAUUUUUGAUGGUAUGGAUCUACCCUUCAAUGUAUAAUGAUAUAGGUAAUAAAUUCAUAAUCCAAUACAUGGAUUGAAAGGGUCAAUAUUAUAGUGGAA